UCUCUGUCUCCCUCCUUCUUUCUCCUCCGAAGCUGUGGAGUCGCCUCGCAGCCUCCAGCCGCGAGCGCCCGGCUCCCAGUCCCGGCUUGGAACUGAAGUGUGUGAGUGCGGGUCCUGGCACCCGCCCCCCGAGCGGCGGACCGGGUCUGAGGCUGGGCGCAGCGGUCAGCCGAGGAGGCCCCGUUCGGGAUCGAGCCGGCGCGCGGGGACCGAGCCGGAGAGCUCGGCGGCGGCGGGCGGGCGCCGCGUCCGGGCGAAUCCAGGGCAGGACCGCGGAAGGCAGGGAGACGGCCGCAGCAGAGGGCAGAGGGCAGAGGGCGGAGGGCGGAGAGCGGCCUGGCUCGCGGAGGGCGCCGCCCCGCCGGAACCGAGCUUUCUGCCCGAGACUGCGGCCGGUCGCUGGGCGCGCACCCCGGCGGACCCGAGUCCGGAGCGAGUCCGCGGCCAACAGCGGGGGGCGUGCCCCUCCCAGCCCCGCGCCCUGCCCGCGCCGGAGCGCUGCGUGGCCGGGGCAUGUGAGCGGGAAGCCGGGGCCGCCAGCGCCAGGACGGCAGGAGGAGCAGUAGGAGCAGUAGGAGCGCGGAGUCGCGAGUCCAGAACCCGGCGCCCGGCUGAGUAGAUGUCCAUGAGGAGCCCCGGCCCUGCCCAGCUGGCCUUGGAUGGCGGUGGCACCAUGGUGAACUGUACUGUCAAGUCAGAGGAGAAGAAGGGGCCCUGCAACGAAGCCCCCCAGGGCUCGGCCGCUGCAGCUGAACCCCAGCCCGGAGACCCAGCCCGGGCCACCCAGGAUUGUGCUGACCCCCAGGCUCCAGCCCAGGAUUGCGGCUCACCAGAGAGCAAUGGGUCUCUGGAACCCAAGAGACCAGGAGGCUCCGAGGCUGCUUCUGGAAGCCAGGAGAAGCUGGACUUCAACCGAAAUUUAAAAGAAGUCGUGCCAGCCAUCGAGAAGCUGCUGUCCAGUGACUGGAAGGAGAGGUUUCUGGGAAGAAGCUCUGUGGAAACCAAAGAUGUCAAAGGGACGCAGGAGAGCCUGGCAGAGAAGGAACUCCAGCUUCUGGUCAUGAUCCAUCAGCUGUCCACCCUGCGGGACCAGCUCCUGACAGCCCACUCAGAGCAGAAGAACAUGGCUGCCAUGCUCUUUGAGAAGCAGCAGCAGCAGAUGGAGCUGGCGCGGCAGCAGCAGGAACAGAUUGCUAAGCAGCAGCAACAGCUAAUUCAGCAGCAGCACAAAAUCAACCUCCUUCAGCAGCAGAUCCAGCAGGUCAACAUGCCUUAUGUUAUGAUCCCAGCCUUCCCCCCAAGCCACCAACCUCUGCCUGUCACCCCUGACUCUCAGCUGGCUUUGCCCAUUCAGCCAAUCCCCUGCAAACCAGUGGAGUACCCGCUGCAGCUGCUACACAGCCCCUCUGCCCCAGCUGUGAAGAGGCCGGGGGCCAUGGCCGCCCACCACCCCCUGCAGGAGCCCUCUCAGCCCCUCAACCUCACAGCCAAGCCCAAGGCCCCCGAGCUGCCCAACACCUCCAGCUCCCCCAGCCUGAAGAUGAGCAACUGUGGACCCCGCCCCCCAAGCCAUGGGGCCCCCACACGGGACCUGCAGUCCAGCCCCCCCAGCCUGCCUUUGGGCUUCCUUGGUGACGGGGACGCUGUCACCAAGGCCAUCCAGGAUGCUCGACAGCUGCUGCAUGGUCACAGUGCGGCCUUGGAAAGCUCCCCCAACACCCCUUUCCGUAAGGACCUCAUCAGCCUGGACACGUCCCCAGUCAAGGAGCGGCUGGAGGAGAGCUGUGUGCACCCACUGGAGGAAGCCAUGCUGGGCUGCGAUGUGGACGGCUCGCGCCACUUCCCGGAGUCCCGGAACAGUAGCCACAUCAAGAGACCCAUGAACGCCUUCAUGGUGUGGGCCAAGGACGAGCGGAGGAAGAUCCUCCAAGCCUUCCCAGACAUGCACAACUCCAGCAUCAGCAAAAUCCUCGGCUCCCGUUGGAAGUCCAUGACCAACCAGGAGAAGCAGCCCUACUACGAGGAGCAGGCAAGACUGAGCCGGCAGCACCUGGAGAAGUAUCCUGAUUAUAAGUACAAGCCGAGGCCCAAGCGCACCUGCAUUGUGGAGGGCAAGCGGCUGCGAGUGGGCGAGUACAAGGCCCUGAUGAGGACCCGACGCCAGGAUGCCCGCCAGAGCUACAUGACCGCCCCUCAGGCUGGCCAGGUGCAGAUGAGCUCCUCAGAUGUCCUGUACCCUCGGGUGGCACAGCCCCUGAUGGAACACUAUGUGCCCCGAAGCCUGGACCCCAACAUGCCUGUCAUCGUCAACACCUGCAGCCUCAGAGAAGAGGCUGAGGCCACAGAGGACAGGCACUCGGUGGCCGAUGGUGAGAUGUACCGGUACAGCGAGGACGAGGACUCGGAAGGCGAGGAGAAGAGUGACGGGGAGCUGGUGGUGCUCACGGACUGAUCUCGGCCGGGUGGGCCUGGCCCUCCUCCUGGGGAAGACCUGGCCCCGAGCGAAGGGCACAGCCAGCCGGCCUGGACUCUGUUGGUACUUGGACUUGGGCAUGCCUGGGAGAUGGCACAGCUGUGUACUUGUAGAUACAGGCCCCCUCCCGACCACACCUGCAGGCACAACUGAGCAGCUGUUGGCCUAGGUGGGCAGGACCUGCACGGUGGCGAUGGCUGAGCUCCUUGGCCCUUGGGGCUCAUAGCCAGGGGACACUGUAUGACCCUCCCUUCCUGCAGGUCUGCCCGCCCUAGGGGUAUGGCAGCUCCAGACCUGUCCCCCUGGUGCCACACGCUUUGUUUCCCUUCUUGUCCUGGCUGGACCAGCCACCAUGGGACCAACACCCCUCCCAUACACCCCAGAUUGCUCUAUCACCAGGAUCACUUUGUACUUUGUGCAGAAAGAUCUGGCUGUCCCUCCGUCUUUAUCUUUUGCCAAGCCUGUUGUGCCUCUGGCUGCUGUGUGCGUGUGUGUGCUGCAUGCGCACGUUACACGUGCGCACGUGUUUUCAUCUGGUCAUUUGUUGCACAAGGUAUUUAUUGAGUGCCCACUAUGUGCCAGGCACUGUUGCUGAGUUCCUGCGGGUGUGUCUAUUGAUGCCACUCUUGCUUCUCUGGGGGCCUCUUUCUGUGUUCUUUGUCCCCAAAUUGCUACCUCUUUGUCAGUCUGGGUGUCUCAGGUUCUGUGCAUCCUUGUGUGUGUUUCUCUCUGUCCUUGUCUGUCUGCAGGGUCGUUUGUGUCUCUCUCCCUUCAGUGUCUGACUCUGCCCCUCUGCCUGCUGGUCACUCUGGGUCUUCGAAGGCCCCUGGGCUGCCCCUGGGCCUACCAGCCUCCCCGACCUCCCACGCCUGCCCCUUUAACCUUACUCUGCUGGUCGGUUCCCACAAAGCCAUUUUUAGCUCAGCAGCAUGGGAAUGUGCUCAGCUUCCAAGGGGCUCUGUCCUGGUGCCCCAGACCCUGGUCCCCUAAUCUGUGUGCCAGACGUGGGGUCAGGAGGAUUGAAGGUGUCCCUUUUCCUGUCAGUGACAGAAACCCCGGAGAACGGGGCUCCCAUAGUAGCUGGUCUCCAUUCCUCCCUCUUGAGCAGGGGAUGGGAAGGCUCUCCAUUAUUGGAAGGGGUUGGUGGGGUGGUGAGAAGACUGGUACUCCAUCCCCCCCUCCCCUCUCCUCCCAGCUCUGCCCUCCACCUGCCUCCCCCCCAACACACACACACACACA